AUGAGGGAAAAGUUUCGCUUACAGGAAAGAGUAGAUUUAAUAGGAAGUAUUCGACAUGAAAUGGUUCGGGAGGUCAUGGUUUCUGGUCAUAUUUACUUGCAUCCUACUUUAACAGAAGCAUUUGGCACCGUGAUUGUUGAAGCUGCUUCUUGUGGACUAUUAGUUGUCACAACUAAAGUAGGAGGAAUUCCCGAAGUGCUACCUUCCCAUAUGACUGUAUUCGCGUCCCCGUCUGAAGACUCGUUGGUAGACAGUACACUUCAUGCGAUAUCUUUGAUUGAAAACAAAAGAAUAGAUACCUAUCUCUUCCAUGAAGAGAUUAAGGGUAUGUACUGUUGGGAAGACGUAGCGGAAAGAACUGAGGCGGUGUAUGAUCAUAUAAGCAAGACCGUAAGGGAUGACGAGCCAUUGGUAGAGAGGCUGCAGAAAUAUUAUCGUUGUGGCCCAUGGGCAGGAAAGCUCUUUGUCGUCUGCAUUAUCGUUGAUACUUUGUUUUACUUAUUUCUUCAGUGGUUCUGGCCCGAAGAGCUUAUUGACAGAGCUAAGAAAUGGCCGAAAAAAAUUGUGAACUGUGACUUGACUGAAUCCCAGAAAAAAGAUUAA